AUGGAGGAAGGAGAGUUUGACCUGGAGCGUAAAGCUGCGAGAGCAUCCGGUUCAAUUGUUGAAAAGCUCACUCAGCAGUUCAGCCGCAACUACGGUGCUACUUAUAAGUUUAUCGUUCGCACAGAAUCUCAAAGCUUUGCGACUGCUCCGGAUGCUAUCCUCAGAGUAUUGAAGCGCUGCACCUGGGCUUCGGAGCAAGCUGUUACCCAAUAUGGAGGACUUUAUGAGGUACCAAACGAGCUUCUUGCCUUGGAAUACACGCAAAGCGGCGAGAUGGGUUGGCACGACGAUGGAGAAAAGAAUGCUGGACAAACCGUUGCCAGUCUGUCUCUUGGUGGCCGCUCGACCACGCAUUUUCGUCCUAAGGCUAGAACAACCCUCUCUGGACCUCCUAACGCUAAGGGUGUCAAGUCACCCGUCUUGCAAUUUACUCUUGAGCAUGGUGACAUGAUGGUGAUGCAUGGCUUCGAGAUCCAAAAGCUCUGA